AACAACACUUUACUCCAGUCGACAUGGUUGGACUUACCUCUGCAGGUGGCAUUAUCUCGUUACUGGACGAGCCUGAGGAACAACUCAAGAUAUAUGCCCUGCAAAAAUUGAAUACGCUUGUCGACCAAUUCUGGGCAGAGAUAUCGGACUCGGUCGCAAAAAUUGAAAUUCUACAUGAAGACGAGAAUUUUCCUGAACGUGAACUUUCUGCUCUCGUUGCAUCAAAGGUGUAUUACCAUCUUGGUGAAUUUGAUGAGUCUUUGACAUUUGCACUCGGAGCCGGUCACUUAUUCGACGCGUCUUCUAAAUCGGAAUAUGUAGAAACAAUUAUAUCCAAAUGUAUUGACAAGUACAUUAGCCUGCGUGUUCAGCAGUAUGAUAGCCCCACAGGGGACCCAAAAAUUGAUCCUCGACUACGAGAUGUCGUUGAGCGCAUGUUCCAAAGGUGUUACCACGAUGGUGAAUAUAAACAGGCGAUUGGUAUUGCAUUGGAGGCUAGGCGAUUGGAUAUUAUUGAAGAAACAAUGAGAUUAGGAGAUGGCGCAGAUUUAUUAUCUUAUGUUUUAAACGUGAGCAUGACUCUGGUGCAUAAUUUGGAUUUUCGCAACAAGGUUUUACGACUUUUGGUAAAGUUGUAUCAGAACCUCAGUGAGCCCGAUUAUGUAUCGAUAAGCCAGUGCUUUGUACAUCUGAAUGAUCCAGCAUCUGCUGCUAAAUUGUUGGAAGAUCUUGUUUCUAAAGAUGAGGAC